AUGGUUUAUAAAGCUAAUGGAAAAUGGUGCAUAUGCAUUGACUUUACAGAUCUUAACAAGGCCUGCUCCAAAAACAACUUUCUUUUGGCGAGGAUUGAUCACCUCGUCAACACCACCACAGUGUACGAGUUGUUAAGCUUCAUGGAUGCUUUCUCUGGGUACAACCAAAUCAAGAUGCAUCCUAGUGAUGAAGAGAAGACCCCGUUCAUCACCGAGCAUGACACCUACUACUACUACAAGGUGAUGCCUUUUGGAUUGAAGAAUGUCGGGGCCACCUACCAAUGGCUGGUGAACAAGAUAUUCAAUGAUCAUAUGGGAAGCAACGUCGAUGCCUACAUUGAAGACAUGGUAGUGAAGAGCCUAAAAGCUAGCUAG